AUGGCGUUCAUAAGCGAACGGCAGCUGACACGGCUGCAUCUCAAGUCCUUGAAGUGUGGACUCAAAAUCGUGGCCUUAGCGAGACUCACGCCGAUUCCUUUCGGCCUCCAGAACGCGGUCUUCUCGAUCACAGACGUCUCCUUGCCAAAUUAUUUAGUGGCUUCCUCAGUGGGACUUCUCCCAACACAACUCCUUAACUCAUAUCUGGGCACCACCCUGCGCACAAUGGAGGACGUGAUCGCAGAACAGAGCGUCAGUGGAUACUUUGUGUUCGGUCUACAGAUCUUCAUCAGCAUAGGCCUGAUGUUUUACGUUGUACAUCGAGCACAAGUGGAACUGAACGCUGCCAUUGCAGCCUGCCAGUUGGAGCUGAAGACCUCGUACAUGAAUGGCGGAAUGACCAACCACUGCGGCUCGAGCCACUGCAGCAAACGGGCUGCGGCGGGAGGGGGGAUCAACGUGGUCUGAUCAGUGUCUUUGUUGUUGAUGAACAUAUUUCAACCCUACAUCCAGUUGGGCUGUCCUGACUGGACGGAUGGAGAUCUGUCUCGGCUGAGUCAGGCAGUCUUGGGAGCUGCUACAGUCCCAGCCAGCUGUUCUAGUUAUGAUGGAGGUCUGAUGUGGAGCGGCACUAGACUGUCAAAGAGCCCGUCAUCAGACCUUGAUGGAAAUAUUGCCCAAAGAUUGGGACCCUGGGCCAGUAUUAUAUGAGAAGUUUGAGGUUGACUUGAGAUUUUUGUUUUUGUGGUACGUUUUCGUUAAAAAAAAUUUAUGAUACUAAUAUAAAAUUACAUAACUUUAUAGGAGGUCUAAAGCAUGAAAUGGGUAAAUUAAUUAAAGUGAAUGUUAUAGAAUUGUAGUUAUUAAAGAGGGCCCAACUAAUAUAUCAGGUUAAUAUGCUUAAGAU